AUGGUCGCAGGGACGGUGGAGGAGCCGCCGCGGGAAGGGUGGCGGCGGCAUGGCCUGGCUCCAGGGUCGGGGCUAACGAGGGAAGGGUGGCAGCGGUGCGGCCUGGCUCUGGCGGCGGGGCGGGUGCAGGGGCUGCCGCAGGGCCGCUGUGGCCUGGCUCCGGCGAUGGGGCGGGGCGGGGCAGGCUCCACGGCCUUGUUCCGGGGGGCGGGUCGGUGGGGCGACGGGGCGGUGGGACGACAGGGUGGCGGCGGGUGGUUGGGCGGCAGCGGGUGGGACGACGGGCCGGCGGGGCGGUGGGGCGACGGGGGGUGGGCGGCGGGGCAGUGGGGUGAUGGGGCGGCCACUGGUGGUUGGGGCGGCGGUGGUCGUUGGGGAGGAAAAGGGAGAGAAAGAGAGAGAGAGGGUGACGGCGCGCGCGCGGCCCGUUAG